AAGCGAAACCUGCGUUGGCUUUUCCUUUCUGACUUCGCCGCCGGCUUUUUGAGGUCUAAGGUCGAGCUAGUUGCCCACCGGCCAAGCGUCGCUUUCGCCAUGGCCCUCAGCGAUGCUGAUGUGCAAAAACAGAUUAAGCAUAUGAUGGCUUUUAUUGAACAAGAAGCUAAUGAAAAAGCAGAAGAAAUAGAUGCGAAAGCAGAAGAAGAGUUCAACAUUGAGAAAGGUCGUCUUGUGCAAACCCAAAGACUGAAGAUUAUGGAAUACUAUGAGAAGAAAGAAAAGCAGAUAGAGCAGCAGAAAAAAAUUCAGAUGUCCAAUUUAAUGAAUCAAGCAAGACUCAAAGUGCUCAGAGCAAGAGAUGACCUUAUUACAGACCUACUGAAUGAAGCAAAACAGAGACUCGGCAAGGUGGUAAAAGAUACAACUAGGUACCAAGUGCUGCUGGAUGGACUGGUCCUCCAGGGUUUGUACCAGUUGUUGGAGCCCCGGAUGAUUGUUCGUUGCCGGAAACAGGAUUUCCCUCUGGUAAAGGCUGCAGUGCAAAAAGCAAUCCCUAUGUACAAAAUUGCCACCAGAAAAGAUGUUGAUGUCCAAAUUGAUCAGGAGGUCUACCUACCUGAAGAGAUAGCUGGUGGAGUUGAGAUCUAUAAUGGGGAUCGUAAAAUAAAGGUUUCCAAUACACUAGAAAGCCGACUGGAUCUCAUAGCUCAGCAGGUGAGUGUGGGAAUACUUGUCAUUAGUUGGUCUGUUACUUUGAAGCGAUACAGAGAACACAUCCAUUCACUGGUAUUUGGGAUUUGUUGCUUUCUAUCCACAUUUUUUGACAUUUUCUUAAAAGGUAUGGGAUUAGACAUUUAGUGGCAUUUACUGAGGCAAUAUCAUUUAUAUGAGGGAUGAUUUGGGGUAAGAACAAGGGUUUUACUUAUCUAGGAUUAUAAUAUAUAUGUUUACUACAUGUGGAGAUGCUGACUAAAGUUCUUUCUCCAGCAAGAAUGAUGGCAACUGAAGUAAAUACUUGUUUAAAGAAAUUACCAUAGGGUUGUUGGCUCUUCAGAUGUUCCCAUGUUUGUACCAAUAAACUCUUUGGAAAAAAUGCAGGAAAAUUCUGUUAUUUCAGAGUGCUGGGCCUCUCCCAGAAGAGGUGGUCUACUGCUAACUUGUCUUAUAGCCAAAGCACUUAGCUGUUGAGUAUAUCAUCUUAUAACUUAAACCAUACAGCGUUGUUGCCCAAUAGAGUAUGUACUCACUACAAAUGGAUAUUUUAAUUAAGUAAAAUUAAAAUUCAGUUCCUUAUUUGCACUAGCCUCAUUUCAGAUGCAUAGUAACCACAUGUAGCUAGUGGCUACUUUAUUGAACACACAGCCUUAGAAGUUUGAGGUUAAAUCCUAAGGAUUUCUCAGUUGCAAUAAUGAGUACCUCAGCACAACUUGCAUUGUAUGUUUUCUGCUUGGUGCAUAGGCACUCAAUAUUUUUUGAGAUAAAGAAUGUAGGUGAGCCUGGCUGGGCAUGGCUCAGUGGUUGAGCAUCGACCUAGGAUCCAGGCGAUCGGGGUUCGAUUCCU